GUUGCGUAUUGUCACAGUGCGUUUACUCUCUAUAGACCAAAACGGAAGUUGACUACGCAGUGUGUGACUUUGUUACGUUGAAUGUUGCUUUUAAUAUCCCGUCCUCUUACCUAUAGGUUCAUUUUUUGCGUUUAGUUUUUUUUAGUGGUAAACAUUUUUUGCGAAUAGUUUAGCAUUAAUUUAGCCUCCAGUAGAAGCUCAUUUUAAAGUCAAAUUUAAAACCACUAAUUAAAUUUGCGGCCAAAAUCAACUUUUUGGAUAGAUGUUUAUAUUUUUGAGUUACUCUACUUUUUGCGAUAAAAUUGGAAACGCUUUCAACUUUCUCUGUACUCUUUCGUUCUGUUAACCUUGAUUUUGACCUUCAGUGAAAUAGAAGUCUCAACCGCUGUGAAGUAAGACAAAAAAAUCAUGUUUCCUCGUAGACUGUUUUUUGUGCGAGGACUUAAACUGCUGCUUAUCUGUUUGUUGGUCAUAACUUUAUCUUACAAUUUAUGGAUUGAUAAAUUACCAUUUAAUUUCUUGAAUUCUACAAAGGAAAUUUAUCCCCAAUUAAAAAUGAAUAAAUUAGAAUCAGACAAUAAACCAGUUUAUAAAGAUCAUUAUGGUUCAUCAGCAACAGUUAAAAUUCAAAUUUUGGCCUACAAAAGAGGAGGUUCUUCGUUUAUCGGCGAAAUCUUCAAUCGUAACCCCGAAGCUUGGUACUUCUUUGAGCCACUUGGAUUUUAUAUGUCGCCGAUUUUACCCGCCAAUAUUCGAUUUAGCUGGAAAGAGACGGAGUCUAUGAAGUACGGAUUUUUAAACCCCAAGUUCAAAUUGUACUCGCGGUACUUGACAAAAAUUCUCAAUUGCUCUUUUGAUGACUCUCUUUUGAAGUACUAUCUUGCCGCUGCAGAAUCAAAAAAUCCUGAACAUUUCAAUCCAAAGCUAUUUGUGUCCAAAAGCAAUGCCCUCAAAAUUUCUUUAUUAAGUGGUGCAGUUACGUCAUCGCAACUUCGCGAACGAUGCUUGGAAAAGAAAAUUACAGUGGCCAAAACUAUUCGGAUGAUUCACGCCAAUGCACUGAAGAGAUACUUGUCUGAAGAAGUUUGGGUGCUGCAUUUAGUGAGGGACCCUAGAGCCAUUGCAUUGUCGAGAAAGCUGCAUUACUAUUCCGCGUCACUAUGUCGAGAAGUUGCUGACAAUCUAAGAAUAUCUUUUGAGAUGGAGGUCAAUGGAUAUAAGUGGAUGACGAUUCGAUAUGAAGACUUUGCCUACCGGCCCUUAGAGAACAGCCAGAUUUUAUACCAGAAACUGGGCUUAAAGCUGCCAAUGAAUGUUACGGACUGGAUUGUGAAAAACACGCAGGCUCAGCACAACUUCAAUUUUUCACAUCAUGGGCUGAGUCUGUCUACUUCCCGUGACUCGGUUGCAGCAGCCGAGCACUGGAUCUCCGACAUCCCCUUGCACCUCGCCAGACAAUACGACAAAGACAAAGAGUGCCAAUUCAUAUAUCAUUCUCUAGGAUACAAAAACUACUCAGACACUGUCAAACUGCACCAGCCGAACAAAAAUACGGGAACGUAAACAUAUCACACACAGCAUUUUACUGUAGAUAAUUGCAAAACAGGAUAUCAAAUCAUUUACAAAGUGUCCCUUACUAUUGUUGUACAGAUUAA